AUGCCCCAUCUGCCCCAUGCCAAGACCGUCUCAACUCACUUCUUGGGGUCCCACUGCACGCACAGGGAGGAGUUCAUUCGAUGUGGCAAUAAGCCGGCUGCCGCUCAAAUCGGAGUAUCUGCUUCGAAGCAGGUUCAUGACGUUAGCCUCCUUGCGCCCGACACCGAUGCGAGCUUCCCCAGGUUCAGGACGUUGAUCCGCCACAACGUCCCCGUCACGCACCAGGGUCGUAGAGUUCUUGCCCUUGGGCCUGGAAACGUUUAUUCGCAAGCCUCAAACGAUAAAGGUGCCCCGCACUUGUACACCUGA